AUGGCGCCACCCUCAACAGUCGUGUCAAAGCUGAAGGUACAGCUCAAGCUGGCGAUAUCGCGCCUACGAAUGGUGCAGCAAAAAGACUCCGCACUAGCUAAGCAACAGCGGCGCGCAAUGGCACAACUACUAGAGGCCGGCAAGCUCGAAUCCGCGCGCAUUCGAGUCGAAAACAUCAUCCGCAGCGACAUAACCACGGAGCUGCACGAGAUGCUCGAGCUGUACUGCGAGCUGCUGCUCGCGCGCUCCCAGCUCCUCGACCCCCCCUCCUCCCCCCACAGCUCGCCAGCCCCGCACGGCGUCGCCUCGCUCGACCCCGCGCUCGAAGAAGCCGUGCGCUCCCUCAUCUACGCGGCGCCCCGCACCUCGAUCAAGGAACUGCACCAAGCGCGCACGCUGCUGGUCGAGAAAUUCGGGAAAGACGUCGCGCUGGCGAGUAUGGAGGGCGAGGGGGUCGCGGAGCGCGUGCUGAACAAGCUGCGGAUUGACACGCCGGAUCGGAAGCUCGUGGAUGCGUAUUUGGCGGAGAUUGCGCGGUUCUACGGCGUCCCGUUUGGGGAGGCGGAGGAAGAGGAAGAGGAUGAUGAUGGGGAGGGUGGAGGUGGGAUUGGGGAGCUAGCGGAGCCGGAGAGAAAGAAGCAGAAGGAGAGGCUGCUGGAGCCGCCGCUGGAGGCGGAGCCAGGCGAUGAUCCGAAGAAGCAGCGUGAGGAGGACGAGGUAGCGGAGCUGGCGAAAGCGACGCCGCCACGGAAGUUUGGACCCCAGAGCCCGCUGCGCAUCACACCGCCGAGUCCGAGUACAGAUAAUAUUGCACCGAAGCUGCGACUGCCAGGGCAGAGCGAUGCGGCGAACGUUCGGAAAGGGGAGGUGAAGCCUGCGGCGCCGGCGAAGAAGAAGGAUGACGGGCCUGGCGGGAAAAUACCCGAUGUGGAUGAGUUGGCGAAGAGGUUCGCGCAGCUAAAGAGGUAG